CAGAAUUGGAAGGUAGGGCCUCCAGGAGGGUUGGGGAGCCAAGUCACAUCCACUCAGUGCCUGCCUGCAUGUUAGCAAAUCAUGUCUUUUGGGGUUGGCUUCAUGGUUAUUUCUGUAUAGGAAGGUUUGCUCUUCUGAAGUGUGGCUGCAUUGGCUAGCAUGACUAUCUAUCCACCCGCACUGAUUCAUAACAGCAUACGGUGCACAUCAAACCGAAAUGCUAAAGUUUCCCAUUUAUUCGGUGUUGGCUAGCCGGGAGGCUACCCGCAGCCCUGAAGAUAGCAACACCUAGUUAGGAAGUCAGCUCCCUCCCCAGGAUGUUGGAACCUUUAAACGAGGGUUUUCUUUCUAGAAUCUCUGAUCUGCUGCUGUGCAGAUGGACCUGCCGGCACUGCUGUCAGAAGUGUUACGAGUCCAGCUGUUGCCAGUCGAGUGAGGAUGAAGUUGAAAUUCUGGGACCUUUUCCUGCCCAGACUCCUCCCUGGCUGAUGGCCAGCAGGAGCAGUGACAAGGACGGGGACUCUGUCCAUACAGCCAAUGACGUCCCGCUGACCCCACGUACCAACUCCCCAGAUCGAAGAUGCUCAUCCUCAGACACGUUGAAGUCUACGUACAGCCUGACCCGGAGGAUUUCAAGUCUGGAGUCCAGACGACCCAGCUCCCCGCUCAUCGAUAUUAAACCCAUCGAGUUUGGCGUCUUCAGCGCCAAGAAGGAGCCCAUCCAGCCCUCGGUGCUCAGACGGACCUAUACCCCCGACGACUAUUUCAGAAAGUUCGAGCCGCGGCUGUACUCCCUCGACUCCAACAGCGACGAUGUGGACUUCCUGACGGACGAGGAGAUCUUGUCCAAGUACCAGCUGGGCAUGCUGCACUUCAGCACCCAGUACGACCUGCUGCACAACCACCUGACGGUGCGGGUGAUCGAGGCGCGGGACCUGCCGCCCCCCAUCGCCCAGGACGGCUCGCGCCAGGACAUGGCGCACUCCAACCCCUACGUCAAGAUCUGCCUCCUGCCGGACCAGAAGAACUCCAAGCAGACGGGCGUCAAACGCAAGACCCAGAAGCCCGUGUUUGAGGAGCGCUACACCUUCGAGAUCCCCUUCCUAGAGGCGCAGAGGAGGACCCUGCUCCUCACCGUGCUGGACUUCGACAAGUUCUCCCGCCACUGCGUCAUCGGGAAGGUGUCGGUGCCUCUGUGCGAGGUGGACCUGGUGAAAGGCGGGCACUGGUGGAAGGCGCUGAUCCCCAGUUCCCAGAAUGAAGUGGAGCUGGGGGAGCUACUUCUGUCACUGAAUUAUCUCCCAAGUGCUGGGAGACUAAACGUUGAUGUCAUUCGAGCCAAGCAGCUUCUUCAGACAGAUGUGAGCCAAGGUUCAGACCCCUUUGUGAAAAUCCAGCUGGUACAUGGACUCAAGCUUGUGAAAACAAAAAAGACAUCCUUCUUACGAGGCACAAUUGAUCCUUUCUAUAAUGAAUCCUUCAGCUUCAAAGUUCCCCAAGAAGAACUGGAAAACGCCAGCCUAGUGUUUACAGUGUUCGGGCACAACAUGAAGAGCAGCAAUGACUUCAUCGGGAGGAUUGUCAUCGGCCAGUACUCUUCGGGCCCCUCUGAAUCCAACCACUGGCGGCGGAUGCUCAACACCCACCGCACGGCCGUGGAGCAGUGGCACAGCCUGCGGUCCCGGGCCGAGUGUGACCGCGUGUCUCCUGCGUCGCUGGAGGUGACCUGAGGCUGCAGGGAAGGCACCAGUCAGUUGUAAAAAGAAAAAAAAAUAAGAAAAAGAAAGAAAAUUUAAGACAAAAAAAUGUGUCAUCGUGUCAUCUACCUAUUACAUACACACACACACACACACACACACACACACACACACUCUCACCCCAAAUCCUCCCAGACCUGAGAGGAAGCUGACUAUUGAUCACGAAAUGGCCAUCCUCGAUCAGCGAGGCCUGAGAACUUUCCGGAAGCCCCAUCCAUGUGCCGUGAGUGAGUGUGCGCUGCUGUGAGACGUACUGGCAGUGCUUGCUCUUGUUGACACCCCUCUCCCCCGAAAAAUGCACUUUCAGUCUUCAAGCCAGAGAAAGGGCAUCCCAAAGGGGGCCGGCUCCACCAAGGGGACCUCUUCUGAGAGUUGGCCAGUGUGGGCGAGGCCCGACCCCCAGGCCAAAAUGUACACCCACCGGGUGACUGGAGCAGGCUGCUGUGCCCUGGGGUGCUUCGAACCUGGUAUCUUUUCCCCACAGUGUAAGCCCCUUGUCUUCUAUUUCGGGGGCGUGAUAGCUAGAUUAGACCAUUUGGAGAACCAGUGGGCAACCAACAGCUGGCAGUGUAAGGAGCCUCUCCUGGCUUAACUGAAUGUCUCCCUGUGCCAGCCAAUUCCCGGGCACUCCCUGUGGGUGUGCGUGGAUGUUCCGUGCGUGUGCCCGUGUGUCCUCUUGGUGAGCAAGGCAGUGGCCAGGACUCCGUCCUGAGCCUCCCUCUCUCUGCCUCUCCCAUCAGUGAAAUUUCACCCCGUGUCCUGUCGGCCAAGACCCCGCCUUCAGUAAUAGUAGCGUGUAUGUAUGUCAAGAAAAUAGAACAUGGUAGAGCAAAAGCAGCAUUUUUUCAACCAAAUCCUGGUGGCUUUGACCUGCCGAGGGCAGUGACGUGGGUUAGAACGGCCACCGCACCCUCAUCCAGGACGCGCUCCUUCCUGUCAUAUCUGAGGACCUUCCCGUAUUUGUGUGAACCAAAGUUCUUUCUCUUGUGCUAAGGAGUUAGCGUAGUUAGAAUAGGUAUCUCUGUUGGAUGCUUCUGUAGCUUUUCCCACAGCAUAUCGUCUGGUAUGCUGGGGAGCUGUUUGUUGAAAUUAAAGAUUAUUUAUUUGUGCCAUG